AUGGAAGACGAAAACUUAAAUUUUUCCUUCGGUGAAGGCGAUGAAAGAAAAGAUAGAAAAUUAAAAAAGAGUCAAGUUAACGUAGAAAGAGAAAAGAGUAAAAGAAAGGAGAGAUGUUUCAAUGGUAAAUGGCUAACGACUUGGCCCUGGUUGCAGUACCACAGAAGAAAACAAACUGCAUUUUGUUCCAUAUGCUCAUCAAAUCAAAAGGAAGGAGGUCAUGAUCCCAGAGCGACAUUCAUUUAUAAAGAUGAAACAUCAGAUGGAUUCUCGUCAUGGAACAAAGACCCUGAACGCUUUAACAUGCACCAAUUAUCUGAUUAUCAUAGGCAGUGUAGGACAACUGAAUUGUCAAAAGAAAAGGAAAAGAUACCUCAGCUUCUUAGUGAUGAAGAAUGUAGAAAUAAUAGACUACGACAAGAGGGACUAGAAGCCCAUUUUGGAAAACUAAAAAAACUCUUUCGACAUGGUUUAGCGAUUCGACGACAGGAAGAUAAAGAAGGCAAUGUCUACCAGUUUAAUAAAGACAAGAGUCAACAUAUCCCAGGGCUAAAACUACUAAUGAAAGAGAACAGGUUUAUGUCUCACAGCUUGCUUGGAGAGCAACAGUAA